UUGCCAGGGCUAGCUUCUUUUCACGCUCAACCAAGCCGAGUAACAGUCUUGCAGCUGAACCUUCAUUCAUUGCUCCCACUAUGGCUACAAGCUAUUACAAGAGCUCCUCUUCUUCCUAUGGUGGUGGUGGUGGUGGUGGUGGCCGCGUGUCCUCUGGCCGCUGUGGAACAUCCAGCAUCCAUGGUGGAGGUGGUGGCCGCGUGUCUGCUUCUUCUGUUAGGGUUAUGUCUUCUGGGAUAGGAGGUGGUUAUGGAUGUGGGUUAGGGGGUGGCUAUGGCUCUACGUUGGUUUCUGGUGGUGGUGGUGGUUUCGGUAGUGGCUUUGGUACUGGAGGAGGCUAUGGCAGUGGCUUUGGUACUGGAGGAGGCUAUGGCAGCUGCUUCGGUGCUGGAGGCGGCGGCGGCUAUGGUUUUGGUGCUGUUGACUUUUUGGCUGGUGGCGCCACUGGUGAUGUUGGCCUUCUUUCUGGAAAUGAGAAGAUUACCAUGCAGAAUCUCAAUGACCGCCUGGCCAAUUACUUGGACAAGGUGCGAGCUCUGGAGGAGGCAAACUCCGAACUGGAGAUCAAGAUCCGAGACUGGCACCAGAAGCAGGCUCCCACCAGCCCAUCCAGGGACUACAGCCAUUACUUCAAGAUCAUUGAGGACCUCCGUGACAAGAUUCUUAGCACCACAGUUGACAAUUCAAGGAUUAUCUUGGAGAUUGACAAUGCUAGGCUUGCUGCUGAUGACUUCAGACUGAAAUAUGAGAAUGAACUGCACCUCCGCCAGAGUGUUGAGGCUGACAUCAAUGGCCUGCGCAGAGUCCUGGAUGAGCUGACUCUAGCCAAAUCUGAUUUGGAGAUGCAGAUUGAAAGUCUGAAGGAGGAUCUGGCCUACCUCCACAAAAACCAUGAGGAGUUAAUGAAAGAGUACGGCUCUCAACUGACCGGACAGGUCAGCGUCGAGAUGGAUGCCGCACCUGGAAUUGACCUCACCAAAGUUUUGGCUGACAUGAGAGAACAAUAUGAACAACUGGCUGACAAGAAUCGCAGAGAUGCCGAGGCCUGGUUCUUUUCCAAGACUGAAGAACUGAACCGUGAAGUUGCUGCCCAUACUGAUCAGUUACAGACCGGCAAGAGUGAGAUUUCAGAACUGAGGCGCACAGUCCAGAGUUUGGAGAUUGAGUUGCAGUCACAGCUUAGCAUGAAAGCCGGUUUGGAAACCAGCUUGGCAGAGACAGAAGGACGGUACUGCGCUCAGCUGGCUCAAAUCCAGAACUUGAUCACCAGUGUGGAGGAGCAGCUGGCCGAGCUGAGGUGUGACAUGGAGCGCCAGAACCAAGAAUACAAGAUGCUCAUGGAUAUCAAGACACGGUUGGAACAGGAGAUCGCCACCUACCGUAACCUGUUGGAGGGUCAGGACUCAAAGCUGCCAUCAUGGUCUCCAAAGGAUGCAUCGUACGGUGGGGGUAGCACCACCGUUACCUACGGCAGUAGCAGCGGCGGCGGUGGCAGCGGCGGCGGUGCCAACUAUGGCAGUAGCACCACUGUUACAACCUCCACCAAGCGUUCCACCAACUACUGAAUCUCCUGAGGACCAAUGCUCCAUUUCGGACAACUGCGUUCAUCUGCUGGAAGAAGCUGCGCGUGAUUAUGGCCUCACAGAAAAACAUGGAGCAUUUUCAGCAUACCCACAACUUGCUAAGAGAAACAUCCCUCUGCUUGCAUAAGUGCGCCUCGGCUUGGCCACUUUCUUAACGGCAUUCCCUUAUCAGCUUUGCCUUGCUCAUCAUUGUCACAGCAGAUGCCCAUUUCUGUAAUGCUCUCGAUAAUCAUUAAUAAAAUUCCUUUGAGCUCUAUUUUGCAAAUAAA